AAGAAGCAUAUAAUAAUUGUUUAUAAAUGAACGUUGGAGACACGCUGAAAUAGAGUCAAAACGGCUUCAAGUCUAAAAUUUGUGAAUGGACAAUCAACCAACACCAUUCAUUGAAGAUGAUGUAACCGCUGCUGACAGACAGAGAGGUGGAACACGCCACCCUGUCUACCGCGGUGUCCGUAAACGGCGGUGGGGAAAAUGGGUAUCAGAAAUUCGUGAACCCAAGAAGAAAUCUCGCAUAUGGCUAGGAUCAUUCCCGGUGCCGGAGAUGGCUGCUAAAGCAUAUGACGUUGCAGUGUAUUGCCUGAAAGGCCAAAAAGCGCAACUCAACUUUCCCGACGAGGUGGAGAAUCUACCACUUCCGGCUACAUGUACGGCCAGAGACAUUCAGGCUGCGGCAGCUAAGGCGGCGGCGAGUAUGAUGAAGGCUUCGUUGGAUGAGAAGGGUUGCAUUGUGUCUGAUGAAGAUGAUUUUUGGGGUGAGAUUGAAUUGCCGGAGCUGAUGGAGAGUGAUUCGUCGUGGAGUUGCUCCGGUGAUAUCAUGACGUGGCCAGAAGUUGAGGUUUUGGCGCAGCAACAUUUCAUGUCGUCGUGUCUAUAAAUAAACGUUGGUCUGUUUCUUGCAUAUCUAUCAAUGUAGUAUUAUCUUUUAUAUUGCUAUAUAUCAUGAUCAUCAAUGAGUUAUAUUUAUCAUUUGAAUAUUAAAAACUCUUUUUCUUUC